CCCUCGUCUCUAUUAAAACCUGGUCUGACAAACUGAGAGUGAGUGAGACUUGCCUGCCUUUCUCACAUGACUUUCCUGCCAUCAUCAUCUCUCGUCUAAACUCCACCCUCCCAAAUUAUCAUCUCUUUCUCUCUCUCUCACUCCUUUCUACUCUCUCCCUUCCAUCUCUAUCUCUUUCUCAAUAUCCUCUCAAAGCUGAAAAGCUUCUUGUACCUUGAGAUAUUCUGGCUCUCCCAACAAUGGAAGCUUUUAGCUUACUCAAGUACUGGAAAUCCACUUCUGGUAAUCUUGCUGCUCCACCUCAACAACUCCCUCUUCCUACCACCACCACCACCACCACCACCGUUCUCACUUCCGACACUACCUCUAACGCUGCUGACGAUGACGGUCCUUUCUUCGACUUGGAAUUCGCCGUUCCUACUGAAGAUGACGACAACGACAACGAUAACGAUAACGACGAGGAAGAAGAUGAUUACGAAGAUGAAGAUAACUUGAAAGAAGAUAGAGAAACUGAAAUUGAUGAACAUGAUGAUGAUGAUGAAGAUGAAAAUGCUGAAGAUGAUGUGGAGGAGAGAGAAUUGGAACCUGACCUUACAUUCUCACCGUCUGAUGACUUGUUUUUUAAAGGUAGGAUACUUAGAUUUGAUGGUUCAGAGGAGAUGAUAAACUCUAGUAAUAAAACCGGUCAGUUUGCGAUUCCAGUAUCGCUUGUUAAAUCGGCGACGAAGUUUCGUGUGUUUUUGCUAGGGUUAAAACGGUCAAAGUCUGAGUCUAAGCAAAAUCAAAAUCAAAAUAAAGCGCCGGAAAAUCAGCAUGCGUCGAAGAAGUUAUUUACCGUUAAAUUCAAAGUGGAGGAGGUUCCGAUUUUCUCUCUCCUAACUCGUGCUUCUUCGAAUUCUAAGGUGAAUUCAAAUACCUCCAUUAACAAAGAAGAAGAACAAGAAGGAGAAGAACAACAGAAAUUGGAUGGUUUAGGUUCGAACUCGGAAUGUUCUGGAGAUGAGAAGAAGAAUAAGAAAGAGGUGGUGCAGAAAUACUUGAAAAUGGUGAAACCGUUGUAUGUAAAAGUGUCGAAAAAGAAGCAAAGAGCGACGGUGGAGAGGAGAGAGAAAAUGGCGGAAAAACAGGGGUUGAAUUUGAAGGUUAUUGCGAAGAAACAUUUAGGAAAAAGUAAAUCGGCGGUUGUUCAUUCUAUGGUGCAGCAAAAUACGACGUCGUCUAAGAGAAGAGAUGAUUCACUUUUGCAGCAACAAGAUGGUAUUCAAAGCGCUAUUUUGCAUUGUAAACGCUCCUUCAAUUCCUCCAAAGAUUUCUUAGACGGAGAGGAAGCGAGUUCGUUGUUACUGAGUCAGCUAGUGAAUGACUCGUUGAAUGAGCAGAAAGCGACAGUGGUGGUGGCGGCGGCGACGAUGGAGGAGAAACAAAACGGCGUCGUUGCUGCGUAACAUGGGAGGCGACAAGGGUAGUAUUGUAAAUUAUUAGAAGUUUAGGGUGCACAAAGUAAAAUUAGGGAAAAGGAGAGGUCAGUAAUAAAAAAGUUACUGUUGCACUGUGAAGAAGGAAAAAUGGGGGAGCAUCUUUUUUUUUAGUGCAAGUGAGUAACACAAAUCUGAAAUCUGUAUGUUUUGUCACGAGUUAUAAGUUCUGAAUUUUCACCAGAGCUAUGAUAUGAUAUGAUAUUGAUAAGUAGUAGUAGUAGAAUCAUAGAAUGGUCUCUAUCUAAAAGUAACUCAAAAAAUAGGGAGUACAUCAAUUAUGAAAUGUGAUUCCUCCUUUUUACUGCCAAGAGUUAGUGAUUAGUAGUAGUCUAUGAUUCGUAUCAUAAAGAAAAAGUUGUAAGGUAGUCUGUGUUACAUCAACGUUAUUUUGUAUGUAUAUGUCAUUUAAUAGUUAGGGGGAGUUCAUGUUUGGAAA